CGCCUUGCUCAGCCUUCCCGCCGUCAGCCAUGUCGACCGCCGCCCCCCGCCUCAGCCCGCCAUUCCGCGCAGACCACAUCGGCUCCCUCAAGCGACCUGUCGCGCUCCUCCAGAAGCGCAAGGAGUCCGAGGAGGCCAAAUGCACGCAGGAGGAGCUCCGCGUGGUCGAGGACGAGGCGAUCCGGAACAUUGUGCAGAUGCAGAGGGACGUCGGCAUCAAGGCGAUCACAGAUGGCGAGUUCAGGAGGCAUAUGUUCUUCGAUGGCGUUUUUGACAACCUCGAUGGCAUGAAGUACAUUCCGGUUGUUCCUCUUGACUGGUUCAUGGACUAUGUACCCGACGUCGACGCCUUCAAGAAGCAGGCCUCUUUCAAGGGCGCCGCUUCAUACCUGUGCGAAUCAAAACUCAAGCGCACCAAGCCCUUCUACAUCGGCCAAUUCGAGGCGCUCAAGACCCUCACCAAGCCCGAGGAGCACAAAAACCUUAAAAUUACCAUGUGCGCGCCCGAGUGGUUCCACCUCCGCCAUGGCCCCUACGCGUACCGGAAGGACGUCUACAAGAAUGACGAGGAAUACUUUGCGGAUGUUGCACAGGCAUACCGCGAGGAGAUUAAGGCACUCUAUGAUGCCGGCUGCCGGAACAUCCAGUUCGACGACCCUCUGCUAGCAUACUUCUGCGACGAGAAGAUGCUCCGGGGCAUGGAGGAACGCGGUAUCGACCACGCGGCACUGCUCGACCUAUACUGCCGCGUGUACAAUAGGUGUUUGGAGGGCCGCCCCGCGGACAUGACGGUCGGCCUGCAUUUGUGCCGCGGGAACUUCAAGGAUGGGAGGCACUUCAGUGAGGGCGGAUACGACCGCAUAGCUAUCAAGCUCUUCCAAGAGAUUCAUGUCGACACUUAUUACUUGGAGUACGAAACCGAGCGUGCGGGCACGUUUGAGCCCCUGCGCUGGCUCCCCCGGAGCAAGUCGGUCGUUCUCGGUCUCGUGUCGAGCAAGUUCCCCGUGAUGGAGAACAAGGAAGAGCUCAUCGCACGCGUGCACGCUGCUGCUGAGGUCAUCGCAAAUGGCGACGAGAAGCGCUCGCGGGAGGAGGCACUGAACCAGAUCUGCAUCAGCCCGCAGUGCGGUUUCGCAUCGCAUGCAGAGGGGAACCCCGUCACGGAGGCGGAUGUGGUGCGGAAGUUGAGCCUGGUCGUCGAGACGGCGAAGGCCAUCUGGCCGGAUGCCUAGGUGUGAGGACGGCGAAGAUGAUUUGGCCGGACGCUCAGGUGUUCGGCCCCAUAGCCGAGGGUUGGAUGCAUUCAACAUGCCCAAUGCCGCUUGAUAUAUUAUCAGGUCUCUGGAGUUUUGUCGAAUCGCUGUUGUGCUAUGCACAGACUAUUCGAUGAAUGCAACAUUCAUUGAUGAGGAAGCCCG